CUCGCCGCGAAAGGAAGAAGGGGCAAUACUGUACCGUUAGCUUUGCCGACGGAUACCUUGGUUCCUUCAGGCACCCCACUCCGGUCGAUCACUUCGACGUUUACCGCGGUGACACCGCUGCUCUUUCGCUCUCAAUGCCGCUUUCUCGUUUGAUGAGCAAACGGGAGAACCGCCCAAACCCGCUCAAGAGGGACAAGCCAGAUAAGGUAUGUGCAUUCCGGCCCCGGCCUAUUCCUUUCUGUCUCUCUCUGGGGGUGGUCAUGCCCUAGGCAUGCAUUACCUUGCCGCCUCCGCCCUUCAUCCUCCUUCUCUUCCCCCUCCCGCCUUUGCCGGGACGGCCCUCUUUCUCUCGCACUCAAUACCUCUCCCCUUACGAUGCGGACGACGGAAAAAAAAAAAUCAUCGAGGGUUUUGUCCGAUAAGAAGCUAACCUAGCUAUGCCGAUGCCUCCCUGGAUACAGCCUCGCCUCUUCUCCGGGGACCUCUACGGGGGUGAAGAAAAGCCGAGAAAGUCUCUGUGCAAGUCGGACGAUUCUGCCGGCACAAAUGUAGUAGUUGAAAUGUUCUGGAACUACCAGAGCAUCCUCGCAGCCGCUUGGGGGAUUCACUCGAGCUUACCAGGAGUGUCUGUGCAGGUGACGAAGAUUGCGAAUGAGCUGGCGAAAGCUGGCAUCAAGGUCGAGGACAAGACGGUCCAGCGAGUGCUACGGGGUCGCUAUGCGAACGGGAACGCCGACAAGGCACUGCAGUUGCUCGUGAUGAUUGAGGACUCCAACGACGGCAUCGUCUCCAGGGUCAGGAGCGACGUGAAGAUGCUGGGGGCGGAGAAUAAUGGCGGGGUCACCUGUUAUCUGGAUACGCUGCUAUUUGCCAUGUUCGCCAGGUUGGACGCUUUUGAGGUGGAGUCUCCCUUUCCGAGCCCCCUCCCCUAUCCUUCUCUUUUGUUUGCUGGAGGGGGAUGGGGUUUUGAUUGCCACGUUGGCUGAACCGGGUUUCCUGCAGGCCAUGUUGUACAAUGUGUUUGACGAAGAUGACGAGAAGCGAAGGAAGCUCGCAGCGCUCUUACGACUGUUUGUGAAUCUGUUGCGCUCGGGGCAUUUGAUUACCACGGAUAUAGUAGGGGUUCCCUCUUUUGGUGUUUUAAUUGAGAAGCUUGCAUAACUCUUUUCUCCCCCCUUUUUAGGUCGGCCAGAUACAGCAGUCCAUCGCGGAAUGUGGUUGGGGGGAAGCUUCGUCCCUCCGGCAGCAAGACCCUUCGGAGGUUUUUACUUUUAUCACCGAUACACUUCAGCUCCCCUUGUUGACGGUAAAAGUUGACAUUGCACACGGGGGCAAGGAGAUAGUCGAAGAUGACCACAAGUUCAUAUCCGAGAGACUCUUGAAUGUGGCUCUGCCCGAUGAGGGUGCUGAUUCCAGAGAUCCGAUACCGUUAGAGGCCUGUCUUGAAGGUUUGAAUAUCUCUGGAAUGACCCAUUGGGCCAGUGAGUGCAUGAGCUUAUUCGCGUGUAGAAUAUUUUAACGGACGUGUGGACGUUAGGCGUCAGCUAGAGCGUAGAGCGACGGCUGAUACUACACAUUCACAUGAUAUGGAGAAGGGCUCGGCACUUCAUAUCGAGACUGCGGACUUGGGUAGUUCACCAAAUACGCCGGUAGCUACCCCGAUAUCCUCACAGUCUCCUCCUCCUCCAGCUCCCGCUGCUUCUGCCCCCGGACCUUCAGCGGCGGGAAAACCUUUGCUCGUUAGGACGGUUAAGGUGGAGAGCGAAAUCGAGAGUAAGGAUGGCAAACUUAAGAGGUCUACCACCUUACGGAAGGAGGUGUUGCUGCCAGCCUGGUGCUUUUUUAGUAUCUUGCCUUUCUACACCGAUACCUUACCUACUCCCGCACCAAAGACUUUUGCGGAGCACUUUUCGGCAAAGCGCCCUGUGCUGGGGUUAUGCCUGAAGCGGUAUUCUUGGAGCGUGACUGGUGGGGCGCGAAGGGACCGCCGAAGAGUGGACAUCCCGUUGCAAAUCGCGUUGCCUACCUUUGUGGCUGACGAUGAGAUGGGCGGAGACGAUGAUGGCCCGCUAUACGGGAACUUCAAAUUGGUACUCCAAUCGGCUGUGUGCCAUCGUGGAAAUUCAGUUCAUAGCGGCCAUUACGUUGCACUGAUAAGGGGAGAAGAUGACAAGUGGCUACGUUUUGACGAUUUAGCAUACUCGAAUAGGGUCUCCGAGAUAGAACCCGAAAGGGCAUUCGAAGAGGAGAGCCCUUAUCUACUGUUUUACCAGGUUCAGCCCAUAGAGGAUGAUACCAGCGCUACAACACCCAGCGUAGCCUCGACGAUGGAUUACCCGCAGGAGAAGAGAUUGUCGGUAGUAUCUGGCGGAUCCGGGGGCUCUUGCGCUCUAGACUUGGGAGUCAACAGGAGCUCCACCGAGUUUGGCGGCGACGAGCCACCAACGUUUAGUGACCCACCAGUUUACGAGAAGCACGACAGUCUGGAGCGCUGCCCAUCCCCACCUCCGCCAUACAUCGUCGAGAGCAAAACCUCCCCGCAACCAUCCCCAACGGGAUCCUCCCCGACAACUCCCAUCCCAAUAAUGCCCUAUAGGUCCCUACUAGACCCGGAAGCAAGCCUCCGGCCGACCUCCCGUUCCGACAACCGCCCGGGCUCCAAAGAUGGCCCUCCCGUGGCCCGCUCCUCCAGCCGUCGCUCGAAAAGCGAGAUGUCGGAUAAACGCUCGAGCUGGGCGUCGGUACUGAUGACUAGGGCUAGAAGCCAGGACAAAGAAAGGGGCCGUAAAAGUUCAGAAUGGGCGAGGAUUGGAGUGUCGUCUAGGCUGGGCGAAGGUGGAAGUAGGGAUGAGAGAAAGGAGUCCGAGUCGUCGUCGUUGGGGGAGGUGGUGGUGGUGGAUGGGGAUGAGAGGGAUGGUGUCGAGGGCAAGGGGAGAGGACAGGGAUUGAAAGAAGCUGUGUUCAAGGCUAUGGAGAAGAAGGGGCCGAAGGAGGGGAAGGAGAAAGAGAGGGGCAAAGGCAAGGAUAAAGGCAAAGGCAAGGAGACAGUGAGGAGGGGGAGUAGAGAUAAGGAUUUGAGGGAGUGUGUCAUUCAGUGAUCACUACUCAAGUACGGCCCUGAAGCGGCGGCGGCGGCCCACGUUUGUCAUUUGUUUCUUUCGGCUGUUUUUUUCUUUGUUCUUGCUAAGGGUCUUGUCAUGUUCACGGAGUUUACGGGCGGCUUGCUUGCUGGAUUACCACUGGGAGGGAUAUACUUUUUAUGAUAGAGAGACGAAGCGAGAACACUUGUUUCUUGCGUGCAGGGGGUUCUUUUAUGGGAGUUGAGUUAUGUCUUGUUUUUCCUGUCCUGUCUUUUUUCUGCCUGGGAUAGGAUAGUGACUGGUUGGGGCCUUUCUAAUGAUAGAUCGGUUGCUGUCGGCGGGGUUUCGGGGCUGGGUGAUUUCUUGCGAGUGACUUGGUAGGGUAGAAUACGGCAGUUCGUGGUAAGUAUCUAGGUUUAGUAGCAGUCAGGAGUGAGUGUGUGGUUUUUAGCUGUAAUGGUAAUAAUCCAUCCCAUAUGCUGUACUUGUAUCGCUCGCUCGUUGUAAAGGAGUGCGAUCUUGUAUGGUUUGUAUGGAUGAAUGAAACUACUUCCCAUCCCUUGUCAUGGGUAUACACCAUACUCGUGGCUAUCUCAUGAUCAAAGCACUGGAGUUGGCGUGAGGAAAAGGGUGGAGGAGGUUAAAGUGUCGUCUUCCAUCAUCUAUGCUAUUCGUUCGUUCACGACCAUGGUAU